AUGUUCUACAACAGUGAAUUAUCUGCCCCCAAUAUCCACAGUGCCAAAGUCAAGAAAGCUUGUUUCCAACAAUUAGAGAAAUCCUCUGUUUUUCGGGAACAAGGAACUACCUUUCCAAAGCUUUGGAUUCAGGGGCGGGGCUACUGGCGGGAAGGGCGGAACCUCAAGGCCUGUGGGCGGAGCUUCAGUGGAUGUGGGCGUGUCUUCAGCCCGCCCCGCCCCUCUGGCGCCUCUGGCCGAGCCGCUGACCCCGGCCUCCGCUCCCUCUCGGCUUCCGUUCCGCGGCUCCCUCCCUGCCCUCGAAGGCGGCAGCGCGAGGACCGCGCACGCGCCGUCGGCUCCUCAGCGCCGAGUGCCGCGCUCAGUCUGGCGUUUUCACUUCCUUCUUUCCGGAGCUGUAUCCGGGUCGUUGCUUUCCCUAUUGUCUCAGGCAGGCGGCCCCGGACUGUGCAAGUUCUGGUGGAUCGCAGCUCCAAGAGGAGGCAGGUGAAGCCUCUGGCAGCUUCGCUUCUAGAAGCUCUCGAUUAUGAUAGUUCAGAUGACAGUGAUUUUAAAGUUGGAGAUGCCUCAGAUUCUGAAGGGAGUGGUAAUGGAAGUGAAGAUCCUUCAAAGGACAGUGGAGAAGGUUCCUGUAGUGAUUCUGAAGAAAAUAUUUUAGAAGAAGAACUGAAUGAAGAUAUCAAAGUAAAAGAGGAACAACCUAAAAAUUCUUCCAAGGAAGAAGUACUGUCAUCUGACAAACAGUUAAUUAAAGUGGAAAAGAAAGAGGAAGACGAAAAUGGAGAAAGACCUAGAAAGAAAAGGGAGAAGGAGAAGGAAAAAGAAAAAGAAAAGGAAAAAGAAAAAGAGAAGGAACGAGAGAAAGAAAAAGCAGUAUGUGAUAACGGGGCUGCUUCGGCCGCUGCCGGCACGCCAGCCACAGGCCUGCCCACUGUCCACACACCCCCUUCUGCCCCCACGACAGCCGUGACCACCGAGGAACAAGCCAGCGAGCCGAAGAAGUGGAAUCUUCGUCGAAACCGACCACUGUUGGACUUCGUGUCCAUGGAAGAGCUGAAUGACAUGGACGACUAUGACAGUGAGGAUGACAAUGACUGGCGGCCCACUGUGGUGAAGAGGAAAGGGAGAUCAGCGUCCCAGAAAGAGGGCAGCGAUGGGGACAAUGAGGAAGAUGAGGAUGAGGGGAGUGGGAGCGAGGAGGACGAGAAUGAUGAAGGCCAUGACGAAGCCCACAGCAGUCCUGCUAGUGAAGCGGGCUGCAAGAAGAAGAAGAGUAAAGUACUUAGCAGAAACAGUGCUGAUGAUGAGGAGCUAACCAAUGAUAGCCUCACACUAUCUCAGAGCAAGAGCAAUGAGGACUCGCUGAUUCUUGAGAAGAGUCAAAACUGGAGUUCCCAAAAAAUGGACCAUAUUCUGAUUUGCUGUGUGUGUCUUGGAGAUAACAGUGAGGAUGCUGAUGAAAUCAUUCAGUGUGACAAUUGUGGCAUUACAGUUCACGAAGGUAAUUUUGCUUUGAUUCUUUUGGAACAAAGCAAGAUCUUCUCUCCUUUUAGAUGGGUUCACAUUGUCUGUGCCCUCUAUGUGCCUGGAGUAGCCUUUGGAGAUAUUGACAAAUUACGACCAGUAACACUAACAGAAAUGAACUAUUCCAAAUAUGGUGCAAAGUAUGAUGUGUUGUGGUUUGUGUCUCGGUGUGCUCCCAAAGCCUGUGCAGUCACGGACAGGCGUCUAGAAGUUUUGAUUGAUUCAUGUUCCAAUGCUAGGACUGUGGAUGUGAGUGCUACACUGACGUGUGGAGGGUACGUGGUAUACAGUGAUAUAGCAGAUCCAUUUUUUGCUUAUUGUAAGCAACAUGCAGAUCGUUUGGACAGAAAGUGGAAGAGAAAAAACUACUUGGCUCUACAGUCCUACUGUAAAAUGUCUUUGCAAGAGAGAGAGAAGCAGCUCUCACCAGAAGCCCAGGCAAGGAUCAAUGCCCGGCUUCAGCAAUAUCGUGCCAAGGCAGAACUAGCUCGAUCCACCAGACCCCAAGCCUGGGUUCCAAGGGAAAAAUUGCCCAGACCACUCACUAGUAGUGCUUCAGCUAUUCGUAAACUGAUGCGGAAAGCAGAACUAAUGGGGAUCAGUACAGAUAUCUUCCCAGUGGACAAUUCAGAUACUAGCUCUAGUGUGGAUGGAAGGAGGAAGCACAAGCAGCCAGCUCUCACUGCUGAUUUUGUGAAUUACUAUUUUGAGAGAAAUAUGCGCAUGGUUCAAAUUCAGGAAAAUAUGGCAGAGCAAAAGAAUAUAAAGGAUAAAUUAGAGAAUGAGCAAGAAAAGCUUCAUGUGGAAUAUAAUAAGCUGUGUGAAUCUUUAGAAGAACUACAAAACUUGAAUGGGAAACUUCGAAGUGAAGGGCAAGGAAUAUGGGCCUUACUGGGCAGAAUUACAGGGCAGAAGUUGAAUAUACCUGCAAUUUUGCGAGCACCCAAGGAGAGAAAACCAAGCAAAAAAGAAGGAGGCACACAAAAGACAUCUGCUCUUCCUACAGUGCUUUAUAGUUGUGGAAUUUGUAAGAAGAACCAUGAUCAGCACCUUCUUUUGUUGUGUGACACGUGUAAACUCCAUUAUCAUCUUGGCUGUCUGGAUCCUCCUCUUACAAGGAUGCCAAGAAAGACCAAGAAUAGUUACUGGCAGUGCUCCGAAUGCGACCAGGCUGGCAGCAGUGACAUGGAAGCAGACAUGGCCAUGGAGACCUUACCGGAUGGGACUAAGCGGUCCCGGAGGCAGAUUAAGGAGCCAGUGAAGUUUGUUCCACAGGAUGUGCCCCCAGAGCCCAAGAAGAUUCCAGUAAGAAACACGAGAACCAGAGGUCGGAAACGAAGCUUUGUUCCUGAGGAAGAAAAACAUGAGGAGAGAGUUCCUAGAGAGAGAAGACAAAGACAGUCGGUAUUACAGAAGAAGCCCAAGGCUGAAGACUUAAGAACCGAAUGUGCAACGUGCAAAGGAACAGGAGACAAUGAAAAUCUUGUCAGCAGGAUGAGAUUGUCUGAAACGAAGAAUAGGUGUGAUGAGUGCAGACUUUGCUACCACUUUGGCUGCUUGGAUCCUCCUUUGAAAAAGUCUCCUAAACAAACAGGCUAUGGAUGGAUCUGUCAAGAGUGUGAUUCUUCAUCUUCUAAGGAAGAUGAAAAUGAAGCUGAAAGAAAAAAUGUAUCUCAGGAGCUCAGCCUGGAACUGAAAAAUCCAAAGAAAUAAAAGAUUUUCUGUAGUGUUUUUGAAAAUUUUGAAACUUAGGUAAUAGCAGAUGAAUUUCUAAUUUGUAAUAUGUUAAAUUGUAAAAUCUUCCUUACAAAAUGUUCUCAAUAAAGUUGUUGAAA